AUUCAGUGUCAGUGUAAAUACAUUUUGAAAAGACACUACAAUACAGUUCUCAUCGAAGUUUUUGGACAGUAAUAAAAUGAUUCAAUUCGCGAGUCACUGCGAAAUUUCACGUGACAAUAACCGACACAAUAUACUUUUUUUGGCAGAUCUAAGUUGUCCUAAUGUGAGGACAUCUCUUAAAAUGUUUGAAGAGAGAAAAUUGUUUCAACCGCCGUUUAAAUGGAUUUUACUUGAUGAUCUCGUACACAGAAGUAAUUCAAGUAUUCCAAGUUGCAUUGAAGAUCUUGAGAUUCUAUUAAAUUCUGAAGUUAUGUAUUUGGAGCCUUUAGAGAAUGGAUAUGACAUCACAUUUGUGUACAAAAUUAGUUCCGGAUCGUCAUGGCGAAAAGAAUUCUUUGGAACAUGGACGAAGAUUGACGGCUUGAAAAAGUCUAAAGAAUGGAUUGAAGUCACUGCCUUACGGAGACAGAAUAUAGAGGGUUAUCAAAUUAGCAUAUGUUAUGUACUCACUGACCCGGGUUCCAUCAAUCAUUUAGAAGACGGAGUAAACGACCAUAUCGACACAAUAACGAAAGUAAAUUAUCCUACGACGAACCAACUAUUGGAUUUUAUGAAUGCAAGUAAGAGUUAUUUGUACGCCAACACUUGGGGAUAUAAUCAGAAUGGAUCCUGGAAUGGUAUGACGGGGUAUCUCGCUAGAGGUGAAGUUGAGAUUGGAGGAUCUCCUAUGUUUUUUACCUCGCAACGUUCAUCAGUUGUGGAGUACAUCUCCAGUCCAACUCCAACAAGAUCCAAGUUCGUGUUUCUUCAACCGAAGCUAUCGUAUGAAAACAAUUUGUUCCUAUUGUCGUUUCAAAAGUAUCUGUGGUACGGCGCUAUGCUUUUGGUAAUUCUGCUGUUUUUAUUCUUAUUCCUGAUUACUCAUUGGGAAUGGAAGAAGAUGGGGUCGUGUGAUGAGCAGAGAAACAGAGAUCCUACAGUCCUGAGGGCUAGCAUACUGGAUGUUGCUAUAUUAAUAUUUGCUGCGACUUGCCAGCAAGGCAGUAAUGUGGAAUUGAAAGGUUCUCUGGGUCGCGUUGUACUUCUCAUAUUGUUUAUGGCCCUCACAUUUCUAUACACGUCGUAUUCCGCGAAUAUCGUCGCCCUGCUUCAAUCUAGCUCUUCACAAAUACGAACUUUAGAUGAUUUGUUACAUUCUAGACUGAAAUUUGCAGUCCAUGAUACUGUUUAUAAUAGAUAUUAUUUUUCGAUUGAAACAGAAACUGUAAGAAAAGCUAUAUAUGAGACAAAAAUUGCACCUCCCGGUGUUGAACCUCGGUUUAUGGCCAUGGAGGAAGGUGUGAAAAAAAUCCAGAAGGGUUUGUUCGCUUUCCACAUGGAAACUGGAGUAGGCUAUAAAUUCGUGGGAAAAUAUUUUGAAGAAGGCGAAAAAUGUGGUCUCAAGGAAAUACAAUAUUUGCAAGUUAUUGAUCCAUGGCUAGCGGUGAGAAAAGGGAGUGUCUUUAUUGAAAUAUUUAAAAUUGGCACAAAACGGCUUCAGGAGCAUGGACUGCAGCAGAGGCAGAACCGUUUGCUAUAUAUGAAGCGUCCGAAGUGUUCGGGCAAGCAGUCUAACUUCGUGUCAGUGAGCAUGGUUGACUGUUACUUUGCGUUCCUUGUUCUGUUGUACGGAGCCAUCGUGUCUACUGCAAUCAUGGCAAUUGAAGUGUUGUAUAAAAAAAGAAAUGACUUACUCUUUAAGUGUACAUAAUAAUAUUAAGUGAAAACAUAUUGUGGAUGACAAUUCAUUUGAAAUUUCAAUUUUGAGUUUUUAAACACUUACCCCCUUAUUCAUAAUAGUCUGCUAACUUAAAGAAUUGCUAAUUCUCACUCUGUCUUCUUCAAUUGACCUAAGUCAGUAUGAGAAAAAACACUCCUUAGCGGCUGUUUUAAGUUAGCGGACCAUUAUGAAUAAGGGGGUUAGUAUAAUAAUUAACAAAUAUUCGAUUUGUGUAGAAGGGGUUGUUAAUUUAAACGCACAUAAUAAAAUUGUUACAUUUGUAACACUUAGAAGUACAAUAUAUACUUAUAAUUAAAGAUUAAAUAACAAUUAAUAAUUGAUGCAUACUCGGACUUAUCACUCCGCCUUGUAUAGGGCAUGACCGUCUACCGUGAUGAUGCCACCAACUGUUAGUUGGCACUGCUGUAGUGCUAACUAACUUUACACGAAUCAAGUUAACUAAAGAUUAGAAAUAUUAUAUGCUAUUAUAGUUAUUCAUAAUCAGUGAUUAUUAUAUAAAAUAACAUUACUAACACAGUAAUGAGUUAGUUAAAUAAAUGUAAUUAUUAUUGGGAUUUCUUAUGGCAGUUCAUGACGUUGGUAGCGCUUGUUAACAAAUCAAGCUGACAUUUGUUUGAUUUCAAAGUCA